GGUGGUGGUGGUGGUGGUGGUGGUGGUGGUGGUGGUGGUGGUGGUGGUGGUGGUGGUGGUGGUGGUGGUGGUGGUGAAAGACUAGUCUUCAGUUCUCUAGCGGCUAUUUUAUUUUCCUCUUCCCGCCUCACGACAUCCUCCACCACCUCCACCUCCCACAGCCAGAAACCUACUUUUCCAAUCAUUUGCCCAAAUUUCACUGUGUUGCAAAUCGAGGAAAUUCUCUGCCAGACGGAAUUGGCAAUCACGCGAUUUCCCUCGUGUCUCGCCGCCUACUCCUCUGCCCCUUGA